UGACGAGCCAAAAUGAUAGUACGUUAGAACUGAUCAAAACGUACUAAUAAGAUUUUCCAAUGGUUUCAUAAUUGACAUUAUCCAGAGUCAAUGAAUGAAUUAAAGAAACAAAAUUCUUUCCCGUCACCUGCUUGCAAUGAUGAUGAUAAUCAUUAAUAGAGAAAAUGGAGAAAACCAAUACGAAAAAAAUGAAAACAACUUGUUGCAACUUUGGUCCAUAUAUUAGAAUUUAACCGCCAACUCCGCCGCCGUCGCCUGCCAUAUCAUUGGCCAUGGAGGCCCCAAACGUCUGUCUCCCUUGGAGUUGACCUUUGUAUCGGAGAAACCACCGUCAUUUUGAAAAGAAUAACACGAAGCCACAGACUUUGAUGGGUGUAUGCAUGAAUAUCAAGAUACUCUGUGCUUCACUGGCCGCUCGCAGCUUCUGAAAUAAUGUCAGUGACUGAAAAGUACAUUCAGUGCUGAUUGAACGAGAAUGCGAAAUUUCAAGUGUGGUUAUAGGACUUUGGUGCCAAACCCAGCCCCGUUCACUCAAGCAGGAAAUGUCCAGAAGAGGAAGUUCCAAUUUCUGGACUCUCGCAUCCAUAGCAAGUCAGGUCUAGAAACCAAAGCUGAUUUUACCUAUCAACAAUAUGCUAUAACUGCAAGGUGCAGAAGUCAGAAAUACUCUCCAAUCUCCCAUUCAGAAAGUGAUUUGGAUGAUUAUCACUGUCUGGACAAGAUUAAAGAAGUCGAUAAUCCUCCCUUGCGAGCUUCUGAAACCAACUUCUGGGGAGCAGUAGGCUUGAUUGUGGGCACUGCUGUUGGUCCUGGUAUGCUGGGAUUGCCUUCAGCCACCAUAAAAUCAGGGCCAUUUCCAUCCGCAAUGGCCCUAGUCUUCUCUUGGCUCUAUGUUAUAUCUUCCAUACUUCUUAUUGCUGAACUGAGCUUUGCAGUGAUGAAGGAGGAUAACGUGCCCGAAGUAAGUUUCACUGUCCUUGCUAAAAAGACAAUGGGAAAGGGUCUUGCUUCUUUUGCGGCCUUAGUUUAUGCUUCCUUGAGCUUUUCUUUGCUCGUGGCUUGUGUGUCUGGCAUUGGUUCUAUACUCUCCCAGUGUUUUCCAUGUCUAAAGCCUGGAAUUGCUUGUGGAUUUUUUCCAUCCAUUGUGGGACUUUUGCUGUGGUUAUUUCCAUUUAAAGUCAUUGAUCUUUUUAACAGGUUUCUGUGCAUUGCGAUGCUAUUCUCUAUAACUGUACUUGUUGGAGUAGGUUUAUUAGUUGGACGAGCGAAUAUCUUAGGUUCCUUUGGUUAUGCUUCAUGGGAGAUUUCAUCAAUCCUGCCUGCUAUACCUGUUGCUGUACUUACUUUUGGAUUUCAUGUCAUCACUCCUUUUAUUUGUAAAAUUUGUGGAACUAUUAAAGAAGCUCGAAGAGCUAUACUCUUUGGUGGAGUUAUUCCAUUACUUAUGGUGUUAUCGUGGAAUCUUAUUGUUUUGGGGCUUGCUGGUACAAAUAAGUCUUCAUCAGCUCAGGAUCCCAUCUCACUUUUACUCUCAGUUACUUCCUCUGUUUUGCCAGCAGUUCGAGGUUUUGCGUUUUCAGCUCUGGCGACUAGUUUGAUAGGGUAUGUUGUUAGCCUUCCGAAACAGAUAGUUGAUACAUUGGGGUUGAUUUUUAGUAGAACAAAUUUGCAACAGAAGAAAAGUCAGAAAUCGCAGGAAGUUUUGUAUGGAAAGGAAGCUGGGAAAGUUGGUCUUGUCACCUACUGGCAUGGGCAUGGCAUUGGAAAUUAUGGGAAACUUUCAUAUGGUGGUCGGUUUCAUUUGGAUUCAGAAGUUACUUCUGCAUUUAACUCAUUUGGAAGCAUGGUUACACCUGUUGUACUUGUUCUUCCUGUGCUUCUGGCUUCCAUGUCUUCCUCCAUAUUUUCCAGAUCUCUCGAAUAUGCGGGUAUAUAUGCCAAUUGUUUUCUUUUUGGCAUCCUCCCUCCUUUAAUGAUGCACCUUUAUCAGCGUGAAAAGAAAGUCAGGGUGACGAUUAUGCCAGGUGGAAGUAUUUCACUCUUAAUCCUCUUCAGCAUAUCUGUUGUAUUAGCUAUAUGGCACUGAAGCAAUAUAAAGUUCAUGCAAGAGAAAGAAGUUUACUUUCGGAAAAAUGUUGCACAGAAAGAUUGAGAAUCCUCAAUUCCUCUCAUUAUGCUCAUGCCGGAAGGUAGUAUACUAGUUCUGCGCCUUGUGCUAACCAUGCAUUGGCAGCAUUUGUCGAUUUUGGCUCCUGUCCUAGUUCCAUUGAAAAAUGGAUUUGCGGUGUUUGCAGCUAGAACUAACAUUAUGAGGGCAAGGAAAGAACUAUGGCAGCUACCUGUAGUUCAGUUCUCUUCUGACGGAAAGGAAAGAAGCAAAGUCCAGUUAAACUUGCGUCUCGACAUUAUUUUGAGUCGUUGUAGCAGUUGAUUUACUUCUACAAUUUUAUUGUAAUUUUAGAUUCUGGUUAAAAUCCAACCUUUUAGUUCACUUGAUCUCUCUUGUUUCUUCUUGUCUCGAUCCUGUUGUUUAUUCAAAAACUUAUCAAAGCAAAAAAGAGAUAUUAUUAAUUGUAACUAUUUUCCAUGUUAAAAUUUUCUUUGAAAAUGUAUUCG